AUGCUGAAAAGGAAACAAAGUUCAAGGGUGGAAGCCCAACCAGUUACAGAUUUUGGUCCCGAUGAAUCUUUGUCAGACAAUGCAGAUAUUCUGUGGAUUAACAAACCAUGGGUACACUCUUUACUACGAAUCUGUGCCAUCAUCAGUGUUAUUUCUGUUUGUAUGAACACUCCGAAAACCUUCGAGCAUUAUCCUCCUCUCCAAUAUGUGACAUUUGCUCUUGACACUCUAUUGAUGUUUCUUUACACUGCAGAGAUGAUAGCAAAAAUGCAUAUCCGUGGGAUAGUUAAGGGUGAUAGCUCCUAUGUAAAGGAUCGUUGGUGUGUGUUUGAUGGAUUCAUGGUCUUUUGUCUUUGGGUGUCACUGGUUUUACAGGUGUUUGAAAUUGCUGAAAUAGUUGACCAGAUGUCACCUUGGGGCAUGUUACGGAUUCCACGACCACUCAUUAUGAUUCGAGCAUUCCGGAUAUAUUUCCGUUUUGAGCUGCCAAGAACUAGGAUAACAAAUAUCUUAAAGCGUUCUGGAGAGCAAAUCUGGAGUGUUUCGAUUUUCCUUCUGUUCUUUCUCCUUCUGUAUGGGAUCCUGGGAGUGCAGAUGUUUGGAACUUUCACGUACCAUUGUGUGACCGAUGAUACACAGCCAGGAAAUGUAACCUGGAAUAAUUUAGCUAUCCCAGACACUCACUGUUCCAGAGAGCUAGAAGAAGGUUACCAGUGCCCACCUGGAUUUAAAUGCAUGGACCUUGAAGAUCUGGGACUAAGCAGGCAAGAGCUGGGCUACAGUGGCUUUAAUGAGAUAGGCACAAGCAUAUUUACUGUUUAUGAAGCUGCUUCUCAGGAAGGCUGGGUGUUCCUUAUGUACCGAGCAAUCGACAGCUUUCCCCGAUGGCGUUCAUAUUUUUACUUCAUCACCUUAAUUUUCUUUCUGGCCUGGCUUGUUAAGAAUGUUUUCAUUGCAGUCAUCAUUGAAACAUUUGCAGAAAUUAGAGUGCAGUUCCAGCAGAUGUGGGGGUCCAGGAGCAGUACCACUUCCACUGCCACUACACAGAUGUUUCAUGAAGAUGCUGCUGGAGGUUGGCAGCUUGUGGCUGUUGAUGUGAAUAAACCCCAGGGCAGAGCUCCCGCAUGUUUACAGAAAAUGAUGAGGUCAUCCGUAUUUCAUAUGUUCAUACUAAGCAUGGUGGCUGUAGAUGUGAUUGUUGCUGCUAGUAACUACUACAAAGGAGAAAAUUUCAAGAGACAAUAUGAUGAAUUUUACCUUGCUGAGGUUGCUUUUACAGUUCUAUUUGAUUUAGAAGCCCUCCUGAAGAUCUGGUGUUUGGGCUUCACAGGAUACAUCAGCUCAUCUCUUCACAAGUUUGAGUUGCUGCUUGUAAUUGGAACCACUCUUCAUAUUUAUCCAGACCUCUAUCACUCUCAGUUUACAUAUUUUCAGGUUCUUAGAGUAGUUCGACUUAUAAAGAUUUCCCCUGCUUUGGAAGAUUUUGUGUAUAAGAUAUUUGGACCAGGAAAAAAGCUUGGGAGUUUGGUGGUCUUUACUGCCAGCCUUUUAAUCGUCAUGUCAGCAAUCAGUUUACAGAUGUUUUGCUUUGUAGAGGAACUGGAUAGGUUUACAACCUUUCCCCGGGCAUUCAUGUCAAUGUUUCAGAUCCUCACACAGGAAGGAUGGGUGGAUGUAAUGGAUCAGACACUGAAUGCUGUAGGACAUAUGUGGGCACCGGUAGUUGCUAUUUAUUUUAUACUAUAUCAUCUUUUUGCCACUCUGAUUCUACUUAGCUUGUUUGUUGCUGUCAUUUUGGACAACUUGGAACUUGAUGAAGAUCUGAAGAAACUUAAACAACUAAAGCAAAGCGAAGCAAAUGCGGAUACAAAGGAGAAGCUUCCACUGCGUCUACGCAUCUUUGAAAAAUUUCCAAACAGGCCACAAAUGGUGAAAAUCUCCAAGCUUCCUUCAGACUUCACAGUUCCAAAAAUAAGGGAGAGUUUUAUGAAGCAGUUCAUUGAUCGCCAGCAACAAGAUACCAGCUGUUUGUUACGAAGACUUCCUUCAGCAUCUUCUUCCUCUUGUGACCACUCUAAAAGAUCAGCAAUUGAAGAAAACAAAUAUAUUGAUCAAAAGCUCCGUAAAUCUGUUUUCAGCAUCAGAGCAAGAAACCUUCUGGAAAAAGAGACAGCCAUCAAUAAAAUUCUAAGGGCCUGCACUAGACAACGCAUGCUGAGCGGAUCCUUUGAGGGACAGCCUGCAAAAGAAAGGUCAAUACUUAGUGUCCAGCAUCAUAUACGACAAGAACGCAGGUCACUGAGACAUGGUUCCAACAGUCAGCGAAUCAGCAGAGGAAAAUCUCUUGAAACGUUGACUCAAGAUCACUCCAACACAGUGAGGUACAGAAAUGCACAGAGAGAAGACAGUGAGAUAAAGAUGAUCCAAGAAAAAAAAGAACAAGCUGAAAUGAAAAGGAAAGUCCAGGAAGAGGAACUGCGAGAGAAUCAUCCAUAUUUUGAUAAGCCACUCUUCAUAGUUGGUCGUGAGCACAGAUUCAGGAAUUUCUGCCGAGUGGUGGUACGAGCUCGCUUUAAUGCUUCUAAAACAGACCCUGUUACUGGAGCUGUGAAAAAUACCAAAUACCACCAACUAUAUGACUUGCUGGGUUUGGUUACUUACCUGGAUUGGGUCAUGAUCAUUGUUACUAUAUGCUCCUGCAUUUCCAUGAUGUUCGAAUCCCCCUUCAGAAGAGUUAUGCAUGCUCCAACACUACAGAUUGCUGAAUAUGUUUUUGUAAUAUUCAUGAGCAUCGAGCUUAAUCUGAAGAUUAUGGCAGACGGCUUGUUUUUUACACCAACAGCUGUCAUUAGAGACUUUGGAGGAGUAAUGGACAUAUUUAUAUAUCUUGUAAGUUUGAUAUUCCUGUGCUGGAUGCCUCAGAAUGUUCCUGCCAAAUCCGGAGCUCAGCUCUUAAUGGUACUCCGCUGCCUCCGACCUCUUCGGAUUUUCAAACUGGUCCCUCAGAUGAGGAAAGUGGUGCGAGAGCUAUUCAGUGGCUUUAAGGAAAUCUUUUUGGUUUCUAUACUUUUGCUGACAUUAAUGCUUGUUUUCGCAAGCUUUGGAGUGCAGCUGUUUGCUGGAAAACUGGCUAAAUGCAAUGAUCCACACAUCAUCUCGAGGGAAGAUUGUCAUGGUAUCUUCAGAAUAAACGUAAGCGUUUCCAAAAAUCUCAAUUUAAAGUUAAGACCUGGAGAGAAAAAGCCUGGAUUUUGGGUGCCACGAGUCUGGGCAAAUCCUCGGAAUUUUAAUUUCGACAAUGUGGGGAAUGCAAUGCUGGCACUAUUUGAAGUUCUUUCAUUAAAAGGCUGGGUGGAAGUCAGAGAUGUUAUUAUUCAUCGUGUUGGGCCGAUCCAUGGAAUCUAUAUUCACGUUUUUGUAUUCCUUGGCUGCAUGAUUGGACUGACCCUUUUUGUUGGAGUUGUCAUCGCUAAUUUCAAUGAAAACAAGGGGACAGCUUUACUGACUGUAGAUCAGAGACGAUGGGAAGAUCUGAAAAGCAGACUGAAGAUAGCACAACCUCUUCAUCUCCCACCUCGUCCGGAUAACGAUGGCUUUAGAGCUAAGAUGUAUGAUAUAACUCAGCAUCCCUUUUUUAAGAGAACUAUUGCUGUACUUGUUCUGGCCCAGUCUGUGUUGUUAUCAGUUAAGUGGGAUGCUGCAGAUCCAGUGACUGUGCCUUUAGCAACAAUGUCUGUUGUUUUCACCUUUAUUUUUGUCCUUGAGGUCACGAUGAAGAUUAUUGCUAUGUCACCUUCUGGCUUUUGGCAAAGCAGAAGAAAUCGGUAUGAUCUCUUGGUGACAUCUCUUGGAGUUAUAUGGGUGAUACUUCACUUUGCCUUACUGAAUGCAUACACGUACAUGAUGGGGGCAUGCGUAAUCGUCUUCAGGUUUUUCUCAAUUUGUGGGAAGCACGUGACACUAAAAAUGCUACUCCUGACUGUGGUUGUCAGCAUGUACAAGAGUUUUUUCAUCAUAGUGGGAAUGUUCUUACUGCUUCUUUGUUAUGCUUUUGCUGGAGUGGUUUUAUUUGGUACAGUAAAAUAUGGAGAGAACAUUAACAGACAUGCAAAUUUUUCGUCAGCUGGCAAGGCUAUUACUGUACUCUUCCGAAUAGUUACUGGAGAAGACUGGAACAAAAUUAUGCAUGACUGCAUGGUUCAGCCUCCAUUUUGUACACCAGAUAACAGCACCUACUGGAAAACAGACUGUGGAAAUUAUGCUGGUGCUCUUAUGUAUUUCUGUUCAUUUUAUGUCAUCAUUGCAUACAUUAUGCUAAAUUUACUUGUUGCUAUUAUCGUGGAGAAUUUCUCAUUGUUUUACUCAACUGAAGAAGACCAACUUCUAAGUUAUAAUGAUCUUAGGCAUUUUCAAAUUAUAUGGAACAUGGUUGAUGACAAAAGAGAGGGAGUAAUCCCUACCUUCCGAGUGAAAUUUCUGCUGAGGCUUCUGCGGGGCAGGCUGGAGGUGGAUCUCGACAAGGAUAAGCUGCUGUUCAAGCACAUGUGCUAUGAAAUGGAACGGCUUCAUAAUGGUGGUGAUGUCACUUUCCAUGAUGUGCUCAGCAUGCUUUCGUAUAGAUCCGUUGACAUCAGAAAAAGUCUUCAACUGGAAGAGCUGCUUGCUAGAGAACAACUGGAAUAUACUAUAGAAGAGGAGGUGGCCAAACAGACCAUACGCAUGUGGCUGAAGAAAUGCUUAAAGCGAAUCAGAGCAAAGCAACAGCAGUCGUGCAGCAUCAUCCAUAGUCUACGAGAGAGUCAACAGCAGGAGUUGAGCAGAUUUCUGAAUCAUCCCAGCAUUGAGACAACACAGCCAAGUGAAGAUAUGAAUGCUAUUAAUCAGGAUAACAGUGCACAGCCAGAGACAAGUAGCCAGCAGCAGCUCCUGAGCCCAACGCUGUCGGACAGAGGCGGCUAUCGACAGGACUCCUCAGAUGCUGGGAAGCCUCAGCGGAAGUUUGGACAGUGGCGUUUGCCAUCAGCCCCCAAACCAAUAAGCCAUUCAGUGUCGUCAGUCAACCUCCGCUUUGGUGGACGCUCAACUAUGAAAUCCGUUGUAUGCAAAAUGAAUCCCAUGUCUGAUGCUGCUUCUUGUGGAUCAGAAGUCAAGAAAUGGUGGACAAGACAAUUAACUGUGGAGAGCGAUGAGAGUGGAGAGGACCUUCUUGAUAUCUGA